GCCGGCUUCCGCUCAACUACCACACCACCGCACACCACACACACAACGAUGCAAGUGAACACGCGCAAGUACUCGGGCGACGCUGGCGACCUGCCGCUGGAGACGGAGGCCGUGUACGGCCACCCGCUCAUGUGCGCCAGCCUGCCGUCCGACGUGUUCCCGCAGCGCUCGGUGCCCGCGCGCGUGGCGCACCAGCUCAUCAAGGACGAGCUGGCGCUGGACGGCAACCCCAAGAUGAACCUGGCGUCCUUCGUGACCACGUACAUGGAGCCCGAGGCCGAGGACCUGAUGGUCGAGGGCCUGCGCAAGAACUACAUCGACCUGGACCAGUACCCGCAGACGGCCGAGAUCCACAACCGCUGCGUCACGAUGCUGGCCAACCUGUACCACGCGCCGCUGGAGCCCGGCCAGAAGGCCACGGGCACGGGCUGCAUCGGCUCGUCCGAGGCCAUCAUGCUGGCCGGCCUGGCCAUGAAGCGCCGCUGGAAGGACCGCCGCAUCGCCGCGGGCCUGCCGUACGACAAGCCCAACAUGGUCUUCGGCUCGAACGUGCAGGUCUGCUGGCAUAAGAUGUGCAAGUACUUCGAGAUCGAGAUCCGUGAGGCCGACGUGUCCCCGGACUGCCUCGUGCUCACGGCCAAGCGCGCGCGCGCCCUCAUCGACGAGAACACGAUCGGCGUCAGCGCCAUCCUGGGCAGCACCUUCAACGGCGAGUACGAGGACGUCAAGAGCAUCCACGACAUGCUCGUGGAGGAGAACGAGCGCAACGGAUGGAACAUCCCGCUGCACGUGGACGCGGCCAGCGGCGGGUUCAUCGCGCCGUUCAUCAGCCCCGAGCUGGAGUGGGACUUCCGUCUGCCCAACGUCAAGAGCAUCAACGUGAGCGGCCACAAGUUCGGCCUCGUGUACGCCGGCAUGGGCUGGGCCCUGUGGCGCGAGCCCGAGGACCUCCCAGACGACCUGGUGUUCCACGUCAACUACCUGGGCGGAGACCAGUCGUCCUUCACGCUCAACUUCUCCAAGGGCGCGGGCAACGUGGUGGCCCAGUACUACAACAUGCUGCGCUUCGGCUUCGAGGGAUACCGUCGCAUCAUGGAGGCCAGUAUGGAGAACGCGCAGCUACUGCGUGGAGCGCUGGUGGCCACGGGCCACUUCCGCAUCGUUGACAAGCAGCACAUGCCGCUCGUGGCCUUCGCGCUGAUUGACUCGUCGCGCUACACGUGCUUCGACAUCCAGGACAAGCUCAAGAGCCGCGGCUGGAUUGUACCUGCCUACACGUGCUCCAGCGGUGCCGAGUCGCUGACGAUCAUGCGCGUGGUGGUGAAGCAGAACUUCUCGUCGCACAUGGCCAACAUGCUGGUUCAGGACAUCCUAAAGGCUAUUGAAGCGCUGGAGCAGCACCACGUUCUCGUGGACACCGCCAUGUCGUCACCCAAGGCGCAGAAGAAGCACUUCAAGGACAUUGUGCACGCGCUCCAGGCCAACCUCAAGCACCAGCAGUCGGGUCUCACGACGCACGGCGUGUGCUAGCUUUGCUGGCACCAAUCACUGCACGCUCAAGCGGUUGUUGUGCGGUUGCAUCCAGCACACACCGCGUCCCGAGUCCAUUCUCGUGCUCUUUAGCUGUAACUUCUGCGUCGCCCCGAGAGUGAACGGCACGCAGUUCACCCUCUCAAGGAAAACAAAUC